AAAAAAUCAAGCCAUGAGCCAACAACACCAACAGUCAGUCAAAAAUUAAUCCCAAACAACAAAACAAACCCAUUAUUUCAGCCCCACUUUUUUGUUUUUGGGCCCUUUGUUUUUUAAUUCUUGGUGUCAAAUCUCAAUACACAAUUCUACAAUUCCCCAAACUUUCACCACUUUAGGCCUUUUUUACACUGCUCUCUUUUAUCAUCUCCCUGCCAUUUUCCCUGGGAACGAUCAAAAACAAAAAAUCUCCCUGCCAUUUUUCUGCCACCAUUUUCAGAACUUCCCUACUGAUGCUGGAAUUUCUCAUUUUAACACCCCCAUUCUCUCUCCUUAGCUGUUGAUUUUUUUACCCUUUUAAGUUUUAAUCCAAUCUUUUCGAUCUGUUGUUGCAUCUUUAAAGCUCUUCUCAUUUUGUUGCUAGUAUUUUUGUAGUACUGGCUUUACCAACCAUGGAAGCUUUCAGCUUAUUGAAAUACUGGCGGGGCGGCGGCGGCGUUUUCACCCGCGACGCCGUUUGCAACCAGUCCUCCUCCUCAUUUUCUUCUUCCGGUAGCACUACUAUAGUCACUACAGUCACUCCGAAUUCUUCCUCCUCAUCGGACUCCGAUGACGAGGGUAACGAUGAUGGGCCAUUUUUUGACUUGGAAUUUACUCUCCCAGAUGACGACGAUGACGAAAAGGACUCCGGCCAUAACCGGGCCAAAAACCAAUUAGCGGAAAGUGAUGUUGCAGUAAUGGCGCCUCAAGUUGUUGUUCUUCGAGAAUCGGGAAGUAGAGACUGUAAUGUUGACGAAAAGGAGUUCUCCGGCGAAGGCGACGUCUCCAACGAAGACGACGACGACGACGACCAGAACGACGGUGCUGCAGAGAUAAACUUCACCAUUUCAUCUUGUUCAACAGGUGACCCGAACGAUUCCGCCGUGUUUCCAACCGGGUCGUCUUCCGACCCUGUCAAUGCCGCCGCCUCUGAAACCACCCCAAAGUUCCCUGUUCCUUCCAUUUUGAAAUCCGCCACCAAAUUUCGGGUCCAAAUGCUGAAAUUCAACAAAUCUAAGAAACCCACAAAGUCCGAAGCGCGUGGGAAGAAGACGUUGCAGAAGGAGGAGCAGGCAGAAUUGAAGGAGAAGAGAGCCGCCGGUAGUGAAGAUCCUAAGCCCAAUAACACUAAUAACAAACUUUUGACGGUGAAGUUGAAGGUUGAAGAAGUGCUGCCGCUGGUUUCGUUAUUGUUCUCGAGGGAUCAUAGUAAUAGCUCAGCAAAUUCAAAGGGUCUGAUUUCUAAUUCCAAUUCCAAAACAAACAAGCGAAAUGGCUUCGAGAUUGAUGGUGAUAUUACCGAUUUUUCUGGUGAAAAUAACGCCACUAGUUCGAGUAGUGAAGAUGAGAAGAAAUUUGCAAAGGAAUUGAUGAACAAGUAUUUGAAGAAAGUGAAGCCCUUGUACGUUCGCGUUUCUAAGAGGUACGGUGACAAAUUGAGGUUUUCCGGGCAACUGGGCAGCGCCCUGAAGUCGGCGACGGUGCCGCCGCCGGAUUGUGCCCAAAAGCCACCUUUGCCGGUGGUCGAAGCUAGUGAAGAAGGGACUGUGGCUGAAGAAGAGGGUGCAGUGACUAAUAAUAAUGUCUUGUUGAAGGGCCAGAAACAGGGGAAUUUACAAGCUGGUUUGCGGGUCGUUUGCAAGCAUUUGGGGAAAAGCCGGUCGGCAUCGGCGUCGGCUCCGGCACCGGGUCCGGGUCCGGCAGCAGGUACGGAGUCGUCGAGAAGGCGGGAUGAUUCGCUGUUGCUGCAACAGGAUGGGAUCCAAAGUGCCAUCAUGCAUUGCAAAAGAUCCUUCAACGCUUCCCGAGAUAUGGAGGGAACCUUAUUAUCAACGAGAUCAGUCCGAAUCAGUAGUAGUGAUCCAUCGAAGAAGAUUCAGAGUUAAAAUUGGUGAAGCAAAGGAGAUGAGAGAUUCUGAAGGACGAGGGCAUUUUGCAUUGGUGGACUUGCGACGACGACGACCCGUGAUUUGUGAAGAAUGACGAAUUUCUCUAUUGUAUUUCGUACGUAACGCAAGUUAGAUAUUUACUCGCAGUAGUAUUGUUUAGAUUAAACUAAAAGGAGAAGGUUAAAUAGUGGGCAGUAGAAUUAAGAUUAAACUAUUAGUUGUAGCAGAGUAGCUGGUAGCAGUCAGUAAUGGCAGUGGGAUAAAUGAAAGGUGUAAAAAGUAGUAAAAACAACCAAAAAAGUAGGUGAGUGUGUGACUGUGUGGAUGGUGUAAGUGUAACGUAGGAGUAGAGAGAACAAAAAGAAAAGGCACAACCUCGGUGCGGUGGUCAACCCUGUCUUCUUUGGUAUUAGUGAUGCCAUUGACCCUAUAUAAACGAUAAGAUUAACAAAACUACUCAACAGCAAUCAUCAUUACUUUUAGUUUUUAGGUUUUCUUGCUUUCUUCCUUGAACUUGCUGCUGCUGCUGCUACUGUAGAAUUAUCUGUUAGAAUAAUCAAUCUAGCAUUGCUAAAAUUUUCUAAUACUGGUAUAGUAAACCUAUCAAAAUACUAUUUGAAGUUUGAUUUCUGAAAAUUUUGAAUUGUAAACCUUUCCUUUAUGGUUUAGCUAUCCAUUUUACAGUUGCAAAGAUGUCAUGAUACCAAUAUUUAUCAGACAGUUUAACA